UGCGGAGAGGCUUUGAGGGAUGAUGGAGUCCGGCUCUGCUGGUGUAGCAGCAGAGUGCACCCUCAUGCUCAGUGCUCAGUGGGUGUCUGAACUGAGGGGCAGUUGUCAGUUUGUCUGAAUGGAAAAUAUCCUGGAUUUUGUUACUGGGCAAGGAGUUGGUGUAAACCUACAGCCAGCAGCAGUCUGGAGCCUGGGAGCCUCCUGAAGUCCUGGGUGAAGCCUCUGGUUUUACCAGUUGCAGGUGGGCUUGGCUGGGAGAGAUGGGUGGCAGGGAAGGGGCAGGAGCCUUGAGGAGCAGGGAGAGGCGCCUUUCCUCCUGCCAGCUUCCCCCAGCCCCAGCCCACACGUUGUACCGUCUCUCCUGCUGUGACUGGGUUGCCUGAAUUUGGGGAGACCCUUGAUCCCAUCCCAGAGUGUGCCGGGGACGGAGGUCUGGUGGCACAGUGUCAUAAAUUUGGAAUGCUGAAGAGAAAAUUGUAGAUUUUGAUAUUGAAGGAAAUGAAGCGAAGCCUAAAUGAAAAUUCAGCUCGAAGUACAGCAGGCUGUUUGCCUGUUCCAUUGUUCAAUCAGAAAAAGAGGAACAGACAGCCAUUAACUUCUAAUCCACUUAAAGAUGAUCCAGGUAUCAGUACCCCUUCUGACAAUUAUGAUUUUCCUCCUCUACCUACAGAUUGGGCCUGGGAAGCUAUGAAUGCAGAGUUGGCUCCUGUAAUGAAAACAGUGGACACUGGGCAAAUACCACAUUCAGUUUCUCGUCCUCUGAGAAGUCAAGAUUCUAUCUUUAACUCUAUUCAAUCAAAUACUGAAAGAAGCCAGGGUGGUUGGAGCUACAGAGAUAACAACAAAAAUACCAGCUUGAAAACUUGGAAUAAAAAUGAUUUUAAGCCUCAAUGUAAACGAACAAACUUAGUGGCAAAUGAUGGAAAGAAUUCUUGUCCAGUGAGUUCGGGAGCUCAACAACAAAAACAAUUCGGAAUACCCGAACCGCCUAACUUACCUCACAACAAAGAAACCGAGCUACUCAGACAAACACAUUCAUCAAAAAUAUCUGGCUCCACAAUGAGAGGGCUAGACAAAAACAGUGCAUUACAGACAUUUAAGCCCAAUUUUCAACAAAAUCAAUAUAAGAAACAAAUGUUGGAUGAUAUUCCAGAAGACAACACUCUGAAGGAAACCUCAUUGUUUCAGUUACAGUUUAAGGAAAAAGCUAAUUCUUUAAGAAUUAUUUCUGCAGUUAUUGAAAGCAUGAAGUAUUGGCGUGAACAUGCACAGAAAACUGUACUUCUUUUUGAAGUAUUAGCUGUUCUUGAUUCAGCUGUUACACCUGGCCCGUAUUAUUCGAAGACUUUUCUUAUGAGGGAUGGGAAAAAUACUCUGCCUUGUGUCUUUUAUGAAAUCGAUCGUGAACUUCCAAGACUGAUUAGAGGCCGAGUUCAUAGAUGUGUUGGCAACUAUGACCAGAAAAAGAACAUUUUCAAAUGUGUUUCUGUCAGACCGGCAUCUGUUUCUGAACAAAAAUCAUUCCAGGCAUUUGUCAAAAUUGCAGAUGUUGAGAUGCGGUAUUAUAUUAACGUGAUGAAUGAAACUUAAGUAGUGAUAAAAGGAAGUUUAAAUAGCAUAAAUUAUAGCGGUUUUCUGUUAUUACUUAAUUUACCAUCUCCAUAGUUUUAUAGGUACUGUUUUCUUGUAUUUCACUUGUUGAAUUAAAGUAUUUGAAUUCUUUUAAACGUGGA